GCCGUUAUUCCACCCCUCUACUUUCCCUUUCUUCCCACUGGACUCCACCGCAAUCGCCAGCAGAGAUUCCAUUUUCUUUGAGACUCUCUGGUCUAGACCUCGUACUGUCAGACGGUACUUUAGUACCGUUGGUAUUGGCCAACUUCUCUUCGUCGGCUUCAGCCCCAAAGCCUUUCAUUCCUUCCCUCACUCGUUUCUUUCUUCUGCUUUAGCUUCGUGCAAACUUACAUUGUCUUCUCUUGCUUUGUCCUCUUCCUCCUAUAGCUGUAUCAACUAAUACCAACAUGGAUCCUCCGCACGACGAGAACGUUGCAUUGUAUAUUCUUCAAUUCUGUCGACCAGACUAUGCCGUGUCCGAGGAUGGCGGCCACUUAAUGCCUACGUCCAAUUACCAGUCGUCGGCCCCAUCCCCCUUGUCGCUCUCCAGCACCAUGAGUGCAGACCUCCUUCCUGGAGGUGCCACCCUCCCCGAGAUUGACACAGACUUCCGCUUGGAGGAUAUGUCCAGCAAUCCGAUUGGGGCGGCGGUCAACGACUUAUCGCCUACAUUGCCUAACGGCCUCGGAUAUGAGUCUCCCACGGAGGGACCUUUCAGAGCAGGUGCUCAACCCAUACCCCAUCUUUAUUGUCCACCGAGCGUGUCCCCUCCGGACUACCUCGACAAGGUUAAAGCGGACCUGGACCGGCUCCGAUCAACUAUUCGGAACAGCGUCACGAAGGUUUCCCCUUCUCAACUGUUCGAAAUGAGAUAUCUUGUGAAAAGCAAUUACAAUUCGCUGGAGACCCUAAUCCAGGAUGAGAUUGAUUCUGAGAUACAUUCCCCCAACAGCACCAACAGUGCUAACAGCGACAAAGAAAGGUAUAUUUGUCGGCUUUGUGCAUCUUACAAAAGGAAAACAUACAGCACUAGGGGGUGCUUUCGGCGACAUGUCUCUACUCUCCACGCUCCGCGGUACAAAUUUCAUUGCCCUCUCUGUGAAUGGGUGAGUUUUAGAAGGGACAAGGUUCAUGAACACUUUAGGCAAAGACACCCAGCACCAGCGAGUCUCAGACGGAGCGACAUCAGGCGCGUUGUAAUAAGCCCACCAAGAACCUGCCCCUUUCCCUCUUGCAACAAGCAGGUGCAGUGCUGGGAGGCUUACUUCGACUGCGUCUCCGAGCACUGCCGCUUACAGAAUGGUAGCUCCGGCACUAGCGCAAGCCAGAGCCGGAGAAACAGUGAUGAUAGCGGGAGUGGUGGGGCUGGCUUCAAUGGCCACCAUGCUCCCGGACACCCAUUUGGUGGACAGGGACCCCAGUUUCCAAACGGAGGUGGAGGCAGCUCUGCUGGCGGAGGUGAUUUCUAUCCUGGACUUGGAUCCUAUUACUAUGGAAACAGCUAUUCCGGGGGGAGCAACUUCGCUCAGUUGGUCGGGCAGAGGCUAUCAUCCCCCCUUGGCCCAAUCCCCCAUGUAAACCAUAUUUCUUCGGACACUGGAUUGCUCUCUUCUCGCUUAGGAAAGAAAAGUAACGAGACCAACCAACUAAGACCAAACAAUCUUGCGGAUCAUCACCAGCCUCUCGAUUCGAACAUCGACAUGAGUCCCCAAAGUAUUGAAUCAGCAGAUGAUUUAUCCUCAUACAGCGAGUGGAGAUCAAACAACCCAAUGGGCCCGCCUGGCGCAGCAGCUUCCAGCAAGAACAGCCUGACUGAGGUGAAACCAUGUCAAAGCCAAAUCCACAAAACACUUCCAAAACAACCCGCACCUGAGCCUCACAGCCCACCCCCGAAGAAAUGCAAAUCAUGCGGCCAUAUCGUUGGUAGCUGUGCUAAGUGUCAGCUACAGAAGGGUGCCGUGGAGAGAUGCCAUCUCUGUGCUGAUAAGGUUAGCCAGCAGCACGAAGCACCCCACGAUCUGGAAGAUUAUGACCAAUACUACGACUUGGCUUGCAACGGGGCUUCAGACCGGAAUUGCUCAGUUGGAAGGAUCGCUUGGGCAUUAGAUCAAGCGUCCCAGGCUUUCAAGGCCAAGGAUACUCCAUGUUGGACCGCUAAUCGCUGCACAGCCCCGGCGAAGGAUACGCCCCCAUACACUUCGUUUAAUCAGACAUCUCAAACCGUCUCGGUUAUGACAAGUACCGACAGACGACAUGCAAUUUAUGUUUCGGAGCAAUCCACCAUCAGCGCCACUGGCCCCGAGAAUCUAGCCAAGACUUCUCCAUGUGUCUUUGGAGUCCGUGUUUUGCAAUCUCGUUCCACAACUAUAACUCCAGUUUUGCGAUUACCGCAGGCCAAUAAGCUCGAAUGCUAUGAAAUGUUAUAUAGCACCUUGACCUGUAUUGGCGACCCAUACGCUGCAUUUGGGCCGAACUCUCAAAAAGCAGCACUGACUCCUGAUACCAUUCCAUGCCUUUCAAAGAUCCCCAAGGGGUUCUUUGCAACUCAGUUGAAUACCCCUUCUUUCAACAGUUAUCAAAUCGAGACUGUGCUAGCCAAGCCAUAUGCAACAGGCGUCUUAUCCUUGUAUGGAACCAAACCUGAGCCUGCAACUUUGGAAGUUAGAACAGAAGCCGAUUCCACUUCCUACCAUCCAACUUGCGAGGUUGAAGAUGUGCAGUCUUUGCAGCUCUGGGCACGUCCACGAGAUGUGGCCUCUUCAGCCGCAGAUCAGUUGGCGCGCAGGAGGCGUUCUAUGUUGCGCAGAAAGCUUCAAGCCAUUAUUGAGAUCCUUGUAUUGCAAGCAUCCGUCGCCAACACGUUUCCAGACUCGAAGCAGUUGGAAGACGGAAGCUUGACUGACCCCAAUACAGAGUCUGAACAAACGGAUGUUACAGUCCAUAAACCGCAUUUCUUGCCCCAAUGGCUUCGAGAAGCAAUUGGCGCUUUCACUACAAGUGAGGUGGACAAUGUUGACUCUAAAAUACUUGCAACAUCGAUGCAUAAAGCUGAGGAAGAGAUAUGGCCGAAGGUAUCCAUGUUUGUGGACGUCUUGAUGAGCUACCUGGAAUCUCCUGCUAGCCCGACAGUGAUUGAACGACAAAUCUCUGAAUUUAGAAAACUCAGCUUGUGGUGAAUAUACCAUUUACUCGUCUACGACCAUUGCCUUACAGUAUAAAUGAUGACUACGACCUUUCCUUCUCUUCGGCCUUUUCUUGUAUACUUUGCUUAAUUUCGGGUUUACAUCCAUGUCACCAAGACGAUUGAUGAGACGAUGUGGUAUAUUUACACGGAUACUAAUGGGAUUUGGAUGGAUGGGGGGAACGGAUUAUAUGCGAUGAUAUCCACUGCAGUUACGAUACCAUGUCCGAAUAACUUCGUUAUUCGAUUUUGCUUAGCCAGU